GUUUCAGGUCUCACGGCGGCCGCCAUGGCAGAAGCGAUGAAGCUCCAGAAGAUGAAGCUGAUGGCGAUGAACAGUCUUCAUGGAAACGGCAGUCAGAAUGGAACCGAGUCUGAGAACGAAGAACUCAAUUCAAACGCAGGUGGCAGCGAGUCCUCGUGGGAUAAGGAGAAGCUUCAGUCUCCGAUCACCGGCAGUGGUACCCAACACGGACUGGGACACAUCACGCUAUCCGGACAGUCCAGCAUUGGGGGAGCCCAUCCGUUAAGUCCUCUCCAGCAAAGUCACCUGCUAGCUAACAGAUUGGAAUUACCCUUCAUGGUGAUGCCCCACCCCCUGCUGCCCGUCGGUCUACCUCCUGCAUCUGUUGCCAUGGCGAUGAAUCAGAUGAAUCACCUUAAUACUAUAGCAAAUAUGGCUGCGGCUGCACAAAUGCACAGUCCUCUGUCUAGAGUGGGCGCUUCCGUCAUCAAGGAACGGAUCCAUGAUAGCCCCUCCCCUGCUCCCUCCAUAGAGGACCCCCAGCGGCCUGGAAGUCAUGCAUCGUCCCAUCAAAGCAGUAGCGUAUCCAGCUCACCCUCACAACUAGACAACAUUGCGGACCACGUCGCAAUGCUGACCAGCUCCAGGGAAGGAGACCUCAGUGAGCACGAUAUGGGAAGCAGUAUAAAGAAAAUGUCAAAACAAAAAGAUGACAUUCAGAUCGCCAUUCCAAUUAUGAAGCCGACCUUGGAUAAAGUUCAGCUCAUGGGACAGACUUUACCACCCGGCUUCCCGGCUCCGUUCCUCUUUGCCGACGGGUUGUCGUCUGUAGAAACUCUUCUCACCAACAUUCAGGGCCUUCUAAAAGUGGCGGUGGACAAUGCCAGGGUGCAGGAUAAGCAGAUCCAGCAGGAGAAGAAGGAGCUAAAGAUGGAGCUGUGCCGGGAAAGGGAGUUACGGGAAAAUCUGGAGAGGCAGCUGACCGCCGAACUGCAGAGCCGGGCUACAAUUCAGAAGCGCUUGAAGAAAGAGAAGAAAGCCAAGAGAAAAUUACAGGAGGCGCUGGAGUUCGAGUCUAAGCGGCGGGAACAAGUGGAGCAGGCACUUAAACAAGCCACGUCGGGAGAGGGUCUCCGGAUGUUAAACGAUGCCUGCAUUCCAGAGAUGGAACCAGAACACAAUGGGUCCCAGCACGACAGCCCUCCCAUGCAAGAAAACAGAUCCUACAUCAAGCCUCCGAUCAUGUACUGAAGACGGGGUAGGAGGUUAGGGUCUGCAACUAACACUGUUGAAGAGGAAGGUGACCGCGGCC